CGGGGCGGGAAAGCUAGCUGUGGCCUGCGGGGAUUGGCAGAAGGAACCAAUACUCGCUCUCUGCCCCGCGACGUUGAUGGGUGGAGAAGCGAGGCGGGGCCGCCGCGGAGAUGCAACUCGUGGUUGGCGAAUGUGCUGUCCUUCAGGCUCUUGCGAUUGGUGACUGGCCGACUGAGCGGCGCUGAUUGGACAGCAGUUUAACGGGGCGGGCCCCCCCAUCCCACCCCGCGGCUGGGACUGACUGGCGGAAGGGGAAGUGGGGGGGCAGGCGGCGGUGGGGAAGAUGGCGUACCAGAGCCUCCGGCUGGAGUACCUGCAGAUCCCACCGGUCAGCCGCGCCUACACCACCGCCUGUGUUCUCACCACCGCCGCCGUGCAGUUGGAAUUGAUCACACCUUUUCAGUUGUACUUCAAUCCUGAAUUAAUCUUUAAACACUUUCAGAUAUGGAGGCUAAUCACCAAUUUUUUAUUUUUUGGGCCAGUUGGAUUCAAUUUUUUAUUUAAUAUGAUUUUUCUGUAUCGGUACUGUCGAAUGCUAGAAGAAGGCUCUUUCCGAGGUCGGACAGCAGACUUUGUAUUUAUGUUCCUUUUUGGUGGAUUCUUAAUGACUCUUUUUGGUUUGUUUGUGAGCUUAGUGUUCUUGGGCCAGGCCUUUACAAUCAUGCUUGUCUACGUGUGGAGCCGAAGGAACCCAUAUGUCCGCAUGAACUUCUUCGGCCUUCUCAAUUUCCAGGCCCCCUUUCUACCCUGGGUGCUCAUGGGCUUUUCCUUGUUGUUGGGGAACUCAAUCAUUGUGGACCUCUUGGGUAUUGCAGUUGGACACAUAUAUUUUUUCUUGGAAGAUGUAUUUCCCAAUCAGCCUGGCGGAAUACGAAUUCUGAAAACACCAUCUAUUCUGAAGGCUAUUUUUGAUACACCAGAUGAAGAUCCAAAUUACAAUCCACUACCUGAAGAGCGGCCAGGAGGCUUCGCCUGGGGCGAGGGCCAGCGCCUCGGCGGUUAAAGCGGCAGUGCCAAUGACGAGACCCAGCUGGGAAGGACUCAGAGACGUACCCACUGGGAUUCUUUUAUCCUUUGUGUUGCAAAAGCGUGGACAUUUUUGACAGCUUGACAAGAUUUUAACUCCAGAAGCACUUUAUGAAAUGACACACUGAUUCAUCCAGAAGACAUUUCCAGCAUUUUGCCAGUGGUUCCUCACUACCCUGGCCCUGAAAGUGUAAUCUCUUGGAGCCAAAAAACUGGAGAAACAAAUACCCUGCCGCCUCUAAGGAACAGGUACUCGAGUCCUUGAGUUCAGCAGUAAUGGGCAGAGGUCUUUUCUUCCUCCUCCUCCUCCUCCUCGUUGAUAGACGAGGCCAUGGUGUAAAUGGAAGUUUCAGAGAGGACAAAAUAAAACUGAAUUCCAUCUCUCUCUCACUGAA